AUUAAGUUCAUUUGAAUAACAGCUACAAUAGUUCAUCCAAUUUUAUCACUACCCAUCCUAGACGAUAACUAUCUACAUGGUCUAAAUGGUUUAUAGAGGAAUAAAAGUUGUUGAGAUUUAACUUACGACAAUGCUUUCUUCCCCUAACGACUAUUUACAGUCCCGAGAGGGAUCAUCCAUGCCUUGAGAAUUGUAUCUCUGCAUGCAUGUAUUAAAUAGUUCAAGUGUUUAGGAAUAAUGCGUCUGGUUGAGAAGCAUAAUAUUUAUUUAAUAGAAAAUCAAGAAUCGACACUCCACCUCAAAUGUUCUAAAUAAAGUUAUGUAAGAUAUACAGUCCAAAUUAUUUACCAGUACAUCCACAUAUCACGCUCUAUAUGGCCACAGAGAUAUUAAAAUCUAAUAUCUCCAUGUCUAAAGUCCUGUCUUCUAGCUGUUGUUGCCUGACCCUAGACUGAAUAUCUGGAUACGCCACUGGAGCUGGCGAAUCAUGAUUCAUGACCAACUGGGGAAAUGAAUUUUUAUGAUAUAUUUAUUCAUUGUUUCCAAUUCGUCAAAUAUCCAAGAUCUGAUAACUCCUGCAUAUCUAAUUCAAAUCAAUAUAUUUUAUGUAGUGUAUUAGUUAAUAUUUGAUAAGAAAAGAUCAGGUUUUACAUCGAAGUUUUCAAUGUGAAUUCCAGAAUAUUUGAUACAUUCUUUUCUCUAUUUGAAAAUCAAUUUAUAAAUAAGUGUUUAAUUAUGGCAAGACGACAAGUUUUAUUAUUAUCAUCCUCAAAUGUUCAUGGCUUUUCUUAUCUAGAGUAUGCUGCUAACGAUAUAAAGGAAUUCUUGAAAAAACAUAAUGUACAAGAAGUACUCUUCAUACCAUAUGCACUGAAAGACCAUGACUUAUACCUUAAAAAGGUGAAAGAUGUUUUUACGUCAUGGGGUCUUCAAAUGACUGGAAUUCAUGAAUCGAAAAACCCUGUUGAGUCUGUAAAAUCUGCAAAAUCAGUAUUUGUGGGAGGUGGAAACACAUUCUUAUUAUUGAAAAGUUUAUAUGAUAACAAACUUGUUGAUUUAAUAAGGUCAAGAGUAAUGAAUGAAGGAAUGCUCUAUAUUGGUACCAGUGCAGGAACAAACGUUUCAACUAAAAGCAUCCAUACUACAAAUGAUAUGCCAAUUGUUUAUCCACCUAGUUUUGAUGCUUUGAACUUAGUACCUUUCAAUAUCAAUCCACAUUAUGUGGAUCCUGAACCAGAUUCCAAACAUAAGGGUGAAACAAGAGAGGAAAGAAUAAUGCAAUAUCUUGAAACGGAUCAUGCUAAAGUAGUUCUGGGCUUAAGAGAGGGUAGUACCUUAUUGAUAGAUGGAGAUAAGGCUGUUCUGAAAGGUUUGAAGAAUGCUAGAAUAUUUGUCAAGGGUGCAGAACCACAAGAAGUAGAAGUUGGCACAGAUUUAAGUUACCUUUUGAAAGAUGAAGAAAAUUCUUCAGAAAGUUGCCCAAAGUAGGAACCAUUUAAUUUAAGUAAAAAAUAUAUUUUAUUUUAAAAGAAUGAUAUUUCAUAAUUCAGGAAUUUUUAAUCAAGAAAUAUUUGUUAUGAGUUUUAUUAUAUUAUAUUGUUCUGUAAGUUACUCGAUUAUCACUAGUUUCUUUAAUAAGUAUUAAUGGUUUUUAUAAACUAUGUAUGUAACAACUUUUUAUAAGUGCCUUGAAAGCAGAAUUGCCUACAAAAGUAUUUGGUUACUUUGGAGUAUCUAAGCUACUACUUUAAUUAAUCAAUUAGUAUCUCAUAUACUUUUCGAAGGAAACUGUGUCUCCGUAACUUAAAAAAGUAUUUUAUAUUCAUUACUUGUUCUAUACUAUGAUGCACUUAAUUCAUAAAGAAACUUAAACAUAUCUAAUUAAGCAUUUAAAAGAAGUAUAUGUAAGUUCUUCUAUCAAAACAGUAAUUAGAUUUUCAAAAUAAACUCAGAUAAGAAGUUAUCUUGUGGGAAGAUAUUUUUCUAAAUUGUCUUUUGAUAGUUCUGAUUGUGAAUUUAUUUGCAGAUUUAUUUUUAGUUUUAAAAUAGGAUAUGGAAAUCCUCAAUAUAAACUCUUGAGGUAACAGGUACUUUUUAGUUUAAAUAAAUUUAUUAGGGACCAGGCUCUCUGGCUGGGAAUUUGGGAACUUUGAAUUAGAUUUAUUCUUUAUGAAUCGUAAUUUUGAUAGUCUUAAUUACUAUACUAUUGUAUAGGAAAUAAAUAUUUUCCUUA